AUGAGUGAUAACGCAGAAUACAAAGAAGCAUUCGCGUUGUUUGACAAGAAGGGUACGGGGACAGUCCCGCGUGAGGUACUUGGUGACCUCCUACGUGCGUUGGGGCAGAACCCGACUCAGGCGGAGGUUGCGGAUAUCGUUGCUUCUGCUCCGAGGGAUGUUGAUUAUAAGAGCUUCCUUACGAUCUUGAAUAGGCCGGAUGGGUUCAAGCCUGCCGGGACAGCUGAGGAGUUCCUUCGCGGCUUCCAAGUAUUUGAUAGAGAGAUGAACGGGUUCAUCGGUGCAGGAGAGCUGCGUUACAUCUUAACACAACUUGGUGAGAAGAUGACGGAUGAAGAGGUCGACGAACUUCUUAAGGGCAUUCAAAUUGGGCCUGACGGAAACGUGAAUUACGAGAGCUUCGUCCGCACAAUCCUCACUCAGUAG